CUUGCGUCAAGUGAUAUCUUGUUAUAGCACGUCUGACUUGUCAAUUGGGUCAACUGAUACUUCUUAUAGCUUUGUCUACAGAACCUGAUACUAUAUGCAUCUUCUGUAGCAAUGGAAGCUGGCGAUCAAUAUGGAAUAUUGAAUUUAAGGAUGAAAUUCAAUCUGUAGAAGUGAGAGGCGAAAUGCAGGUUGGCGUCCAUUACUUUGAAGAGGGAAAUGUACAGCUAGAUGCAAAACACGAAUGUAAGGAUACAACGCUAAUUCAGUCCCCAGAUGAUUCUGCAAUUUCCUUGGUCAACAUUAUUCGCCACCAUGAGACUGAGUAUCUGGCUUCUCUUCAGACAUCUUACUUGAAAUUGCCUGAUACCACUUUCAAGGACUUGCGGAGGAAGCUUCCCGUUACUCGUACAUCGUUCCCAUGGCACAACACUGCACAAUUUAGCCUUACAAGAGACAUUGAAAAAGAAUUUGGAAUUGGAAAAUAGAAACAUUGCAUGUCUUUUAUACAAGUUGAACAUGUAUACACCAUUCUUGAUAUGACAAGCGAGUUUACUUGAGAUUGCCGUCUCCGGCUAUUUGCUGUCUUCUCCCUAUUGUAUUCCUUCGAGAGAGGAAUUUUCAUUUUCAGUUAUUUUACCAUGUUUGCUAAUGUGUGAACUGCCCCUUAGUUGUUAAUUUGCCAGUUGGCCUGAGAGAGUUGUGUAUUGCUGUGAAGAGUUGUAAAGUACUGAAUUGGAAGUCUUUCUUCAUGGUUUUUAACCUUGGAAUGACUGAACAAUGCUGGUAAAGAAUGAUACUUUUUAGUUGUUAUAAUGUACUUGCUUUUUUCAAACGUUUGAAAGGUCGAGGCGAAUCCAACCAUCAAAAUGUUCAAACUUUGUUGUAAUUUCAUAUAAUCUGUCCCUUU